AUGCUGUGAGCCCUGAGCUGGGAGUGUUUGUGGACAGCAAAAUGGCACCCCCUACUGCCGCCCAGGUGCAGUGCAUCAGACAGGUGGUGCUGGCAGGACUGGGAGACCACCUGGCCCGGCGUGUCCAAUCAGAAGAGAUGCUGGACCCCAAAUGGGUCAACGGAUACAAGACUCCUCUUCUGGAUGAGCCUGUGUUCAUCCACCCAAGCUCGAACCUCUCCAAGACCCUCCCUCAGUUUGUGGUCUACCAGGAGAUCAUGGAGACCACAAAAAUGUACAUGAGAGGAGUGUGUGCGGUGGAGAUGGACUGGGUCCCCAAGCUCCUCCCACAGUACUGCCACUUCAGUGCUCCAGAGGAAAGCCCCGCCCCCUGGUACUGCCCAGCCUCUGGCCGUGUCAGAUGCCAAUGCCGGAGCACUUUCUUCCGGGUGAACUGGAAGCUGCCUUCUGUUGAAAUGGACUACCCAGAGGGGCUUGAGCGGUACAAGCUAUUUGCCAAAUUCCUACUGGAAGGACAGGUGUGUUCAAAACUAAAGAAGCACCGCAGCUGCCUACUGUCUAGUCCCUCAACCAUGCUGAAGACCUGGGCCAAAUUACAGCCCCGCACAGAAGCCCUGCUGCAGCAGCUGGUGUCAGAGAAAGUUGACUGUCGAGACACACUGCUAUGUACAUGGAAGAAAAACCAGAAGUAUCUCCUGUCAGCAUUUUGUCAGUGGAUUCCAGAAUCCCUUCAUGAGGAUGUGGCAAAGUUCUGGCCUCCCCUCUGACACACACACACACACACACACACACAAUUGUCUGUACUGCCUUUGUUUAUCUGUAAGUGAAAAUCAUGAAGAGUGUUUUUCUUUAAAGUGUUUGUUGAAGGCAAUAAACACUCACUUUUUACCCAGCAA